AUUACAAACAGCUGUUACAAAGAGCCCUAAACUUGGAUAUGGGGCGCGUGUGCCAGGGCUUCCUCCAAUGCCUCCUCAAGCUCGUCAAUUUCGUGCUCAUCCUCCUCGGCAUCGCGAUGAUCGUCUACUCCUUGUGGAUGCUCAACGAGUGGCACUCCCGCCAGGAGCCAUCGCAUCCGCCGGCGGCGUCUCCUGCUCCGGAGCAGCUCCAGGAUCAUCACCACGCGUUUCUGGCGAUCGUGGCGGAGAAGGGGAAUGGCUAUCCUCGGGGCCCGGGUAGGGCUACGUGGAUGAUCGAUCUGGAGCCAGCGAUCACGCUGGGGAAGAGUCUCCCGGCUCCCUGGUUCAUCUAUGCGUUCUUAGGGGUGGGAGCGAUUGUUUUGGUGAUCACUUGCACCGGCCAUGUUGCUGCCGAGACUGCCAGUGGCUGUUGCCUUUGCUUCUACACUUUGUUGUUGGUGGUGCUUUUGCUCGCGCAAGCUGUUCUAGCUGGAUUUAUCAUCUUUGAUAAGAACUGGGAGAAGGCAGUUCCGGAAGAUCCAACUGGCGAAUUCGACAGGAUCGCACACUUUAUAAAGCGCAACUUCGCGAUUUGCAAGUGGGUGGCUCUGGGAGUAAUCAUUCUUGAGGCUCUCUCCCUGUUCUUGGCAAUCGUCUUGAGGUCCGUGGCCUUGGGAGCCCAGAGAGGCUACGACAGUGACGAUGACAUGCCGGUGAGAAACACGAGGCAGCCUCUCUUGAACCGUCAGGCGACGCAGUCGAAUGCAACUCCAUCAGCUCCAGCCGAGAGCCGACCACCACGCAACGAUGCCUGGAGCACCAGGAUGCGAGAAAAGUAUGGCUUGGACACCGCCGAGUUCACGUACAAUCCAGUGGAUUCCAAGAGAGUUCCAGCGCAAAACCAGCCCCCUCCCGAGCCGAAGAGAGGAUGUGUGAUCAUGUAAAUACGUGUGAGAUUCGUAGGAUAAUCGUGUUUCCACUGGCAUAUUCGUAACGUAAUGCUUUUAGGGCUUAGAGAAAGAAUAUUCACGGAAUUUAUAGAGCU